CUUCAGUUGAGUGGACGGGAAGUCGAAAGACGAAGUGUUGAUUUGUGAGACUAAAAAUCAGACAGCUGUCCAUCAGCUGGCAGUGCUCUCUGCCAUAUUAUUCUUAUCAGAACUCUUAUCGACACCAAAAUCUCAACUCCGCACAAUCGGCGCCAAGCCUUCCCAACUUACAGCGCUCCAAUCGAGUCCAAUGGGCCAAUGGGGUCGCCAAUGCGGCGUCAAUUGGGGUAGAAUCCCCACCCCGCAUGGCCGUGGCCCGUGCUCCGUCCUGAGCUUGCCGCAAAAAUUUCGAAAAAACUUGUCCAGGGCAAAAGUGGCAGAGCAAAAAAAUAUCCAAACACAGCGACCUUCUGAUUCCCGGAGACCCAAGACUGAGUUCAUGCACCGGUGGCAUUGAACGACGCCCAAUUGCGCACAACACACGAAUCCCAGCGCACCGGUUACACAGUCGCCCUUUUAUACAGAGUCAUCAUCCGACAUCAUAAACAAGAUGGCCAACGUCAACUAUCUCUUGUUCGAAAGCGCGGUCGGCUUCUCGCUCUUCGAGGUCGUCCACCAGGCCGACACUGUCGGCUUGGAGCUGCCCGAGGUCAAGGAUGCCAUGAAGGAUCUCGACAAGUUCGGCAAGAUGGUGAAGCUCCGCAGCUUCAACCCUUGGAACUCUGCCGCCCAUGGUCUCGAGGCCAUCAACCUCAUCUCCGAGGGUAUCAUGCCCGACCACCUCAAGAACACCCUCGAACUCAACCUCCCCCAAACCAGCGGAAAGAAGAGCAAGAUCGUCCUCGGUGUCGUCGACAAGAGGCUCGCUGGUGAGAUCAGCGGAAUGUUCCCCGGUAUUCAGUGCGAGUCUGCCGAUACCUCCGAGGUCGUCGCUGCCCUCCUUCGCGGCAUCCGCACCCACGCCGGCAAGCUCCUCAAGGGCCUCCAGGACGGUGACAUCAACCGCGCCCAGCUCGGUCUCGGUCACGCCUACUCCCGCGCCAAGGUCAAGUUCUCCGUCCACAAGAACGACAACCACAUCAUCCAGGGUAUCGCUACCCUCGAUGCUCUCGACAAGGGUAUUAACUCCGGCGCUAUGCGCGUGAGGGAGUGGUACGGCUGGCACUUCCCCGAGCUCAUCCGCAUCGUCUCCGACAACGGCACCUACGCCAAGGUCGUCAUCGCUGUCGGCAACAAGAAGUCUCUCAGCGACGAGUCCCUCGACGAGCUUGCCAACGUCCUCAACCAGGACGAGGACAAGGCCAAGGCCAUCAUCCAGGCCGCCAAGGUCUCCAUGGGUCAGGACAUCAGCGAGAUGGAUCUCAACAUGGUCAAGGACCUCGCGGACAACGUCGCCAAGAUGGCCGACUACCGCCGCAUCCUCGCCGAGUCGCUCGACAAGAAGAUGGGUGAGGUCGCUCCUAACCUGCAGGUCAUCCUCGGCACCCCCGUUGCCGCCCGCCUCAUCUCCCACGCCGGCUCGCUCACCAACCUCGCCAAGUACCCCGCCUCUACCCUCCAGAUUCUCGGUGCCGAGAAGGCCCUCUUCCGCGCUCUCAAGACCAAGGGCGCCACCCCCAAGUACGGUCUCCUCUACCAGAGCACCUUCAUCGGCCGUGCCGGUCCCAAGGUCAAGGGCCGCAUCUCCCGCUACCUCGCCAACAAGUGCUCCAUUGCCUCCCGUAUCGACAACUUCUCCGAGAACCCCACCAAGCGCUUUGGUGAGGUUAUGCGCGAGCAGCUUGAGCAGCGUCUGGAGUGGUACGCCAAGGGCAUCAAGCCCAUGAAGAACACCGAGGCCAUGGACAAGGCCAUCAAGCUCGUCAUGGACGACGAGGGUGACAUGGACAUCGACACCGAGAUGGUCGACUCGCACACCGCCGCCCACGCCGCCGACUCCAAGAAGGACAAGAAGGAGAAGAAGGACAAGAAGAAGGACAAGGAGGAGAAGAAGGAGAAGAAGGACAAGAAGGACAAGAAGAGGAAAGCGACCAGCGAAGACGUCGAGAUGGUAGACGCCCCCGACGCUGCGGAACCCGAGAAGAAGAAGAAGAAGAAGAAGUCGAAGUCUGAGUAAAAAGCCGAAAGAAAAAGAAGCAAAGCAGCGUCACCACUUGUGUCUUUUUCCCACGAUUUUUACUUUUUUUCUUCACUCAUCUUGUUUAGAGCUUCUCGUCUCGCGCGUUUUCACGUCGUUCUUGUUUGUUCGCUCUGUUGUCGUUGUUAUCCUCGGGAGUUUCUUAUAAUGUAUGGGUUAUGGGUCAAAUCUGGUACAAAGGAGUUUUACGGGUCUACUUGUUUCUUGCAAGAAUCAUAAAUAGUUCGUCGUUGUCGUCAUUCACAUCUCUUGCCAUCUACGACUGAUCAUAGAGGGUUAGCGCAAAAAGUUUCGAAGGAUGUGCGUGUGUACUAGCAUCAUACCCAUGGAGCAUCAUAUGGCGGCGGCGAUAUGGGUAUAAACAAAGGCUCAUUAAACG